AUGGCUUCUUCAGGCGCUGCAGAAAAACCCAAGUUCCAUGAAGGAACUUUAAAGCCCUAUCCUCAUGAGGAGCAUGGACGGCCUGGCGAUACUGGAAGAGCAAAGGACCCAGUAAAGUUUCUUUUGGCCAGUGAACAACGUGCCCGUGAACGACAAGUCGCCUACGAAACCGUCCGCCUUCUUCGUGAAGAUGUUAUAGAAUGUUACCGUCGGGAAGGUGUGAAUCAUUACGAUAACUGCCAAGUUGAAACUCAAAAGUUCUAUGACGUUAUCAAGCAAAAGGAUAUGGGACAGCUACACCCCAACUGGAAGAAGACAGCCAAAUUCGAUGUAUAUUAG